AAGGUACUUGUCACCUGUUUUGGUGUCAUACCUUACCCUUAUCAGUUGACUACGAUCUACAGUACAAUGAUUUUUGCAAACGAGAUAACGAAUUCCACUGGGUACUUCGAUUCAAUUUCGUGAUACCGAUAUAAUUAACGAGAAUGACUGAGAAAAGAAAAAUAGUUGUGACUGGUUUUGGACCCUUUACAGGGCACACUGUUAACGCCAGCUGGGAAGCUGCAAAAUUACUCAAAGAUAAAUAUUCAGGAGAGCUAAAUAAUCGUUAUAACAUCGAUUUGAUUAUUGAAGAAAUUCCAGUUGUCUACAAUCAUGUGUCGUCGAGAAUUCCUGAAAUUUGGAAAGAGCACAAUCCAUUGUUCAUUGUGCACCUUGGGGUCUCUCAUAAAGCUAAAUGCCUGACGAUAGAGAGUGGAGCCUGCAGCAGUGGAUACACGAGAAAAGAUGUCGUCGAAAAAUGUCCAAGUGACAGUGAAAUGACGUGUACGAGGCUCGAUGUUGGCUUCGAUGUCAAUGAAAUUUGUCGAAUCGUUGGAAAUGAGUACGACUGCGUGGCAUGUGUGUCGAACGAUGCAGGGAGAUAUCUCUGUGAAUUCACGUUGUAUCAAUCACUUCUCAUCAAGCCUCAUCGAACUUUAUUCAUUCAUGUUCCUGAUUUCGACGUCUAUUCCGCGAAUGAAAAUGCCCGAGGAAUUUUUUCGAUCAUUUGCUGUGCAACUGAAAAUCUGGAGAAAGCCCAUUAAUCUCUUCCGAGCUCUCCGAUUUCCUUCUUUUCUUUCUUUUCAAAAUAAAUGUGAGAAACUAUACUUUUUGAAAUAAAUUUAUGUAGGAAGGAAAUAAUUCUUCCGCAGUCUUCGAUUUUUUUCGAAGGCAUUUUUAUUUUGAGUUUAAUUUUUCAAUUGCUCAAGUAUCUUAAGUGACAUUUCCAUCUUUUAUAUCUAAAUGUGAUCAAUUUUUUAAUUGUUCAAUAAAUUGGAUACUGUCAUCCA